CAACCUGUCUCGCUUUGAUCGAGCUUCAGCAUCAAGGAAUGGCUUCAAAGUGUUGGUUCGUCCUUAAGCAGACACAUUACCCCCCUCCAGCGAUUCCGAAAAACGGCAUCGGGCAUGUGAGUGGCAGCGGUCCUAUUUGCCUAGGGCACCUCAUACCAGAUUUGCAGCAUCUGGACAAUGUCAUAAAUCGGCACGGCCCGCUAGACGUUCCGCCAGACAUGCCUAUAUACCCAACUAAGGCUCGGGAGCUUACUUUCGAGAUCAACAAGACGCAGGGUGUUGAAUUUUCCGCAAACACAGGCGUGCCCAUUGCCGCUGCGGCAGGACUGACCAUCAAGUUGGAUGCUGGCUUGGCUUUCAAACAAACAGUCCGAAAUUUCUGGGAAUUCACCUCCCUCGACACGUUCAUCUUCCAACCUACGGGUGCAUAUGUGGAAGAUAGUAUUGAAGACAAUGAGACCAGAGCUUACCUAGCCAAGCUGGGACUAUUUCAGUCUUCCUCUAUAUUCAUGAUCACGGGUAUUAUUGUUGCUCGUGGUGCCAAGUCCAAAACGUCAGAAGUGAGAACGCGGGAUGUGCAUAGCGGACCCGGAGUUGAUUUCCUUGGAGUUGCCAGCGCAGGACUUGAUGCGAAAAUCUUGAACGAGACAGAAGUCAAGACUAAUGCUCAAAUCACGACUGACUUCAUUUGGGCAAUUCGGCUUGCCAAAAUCUCAAAAGGACUCCUCGAUCGACGGUGGUCUUACGAGACCUUCUCCACGGGGUCCAUUUUCGGGGUAGAUACCGGUGAAGAUGAAGGUCAAGAGAUCGCAGAUGCUCUGAAGUGUGAGGGACUUCAAAUUGAGAAAGUUGAUAUCAGCUCCGAGGGCGAUGUGUUCGUUGUUCCAGGUUGACUGGGGGCAAUUUGGCUGCUUAGAGAGAAUAUACUGUCUGCUCGAUUGACCCAGUCGUUGAGGCGUGACUCUCGCUCGGUAGAUCAAUUGAAGGUAAAUGUGCAACUCAAAUUCGGAGAUUCUGAA